AUGGGCUUAUCACUCUCCCGGAUAUACUCGUCACUAUCGUCACUGUCAUUCUGGGGAAAGGAUAAGGAGGUCCGGAUAUUGAUGGUUGGACUGGAUUCGGCUGGAAAGACCACUAUCUUGUACAGAUUACAAAUCGGAGAGGUGGUGUCGACGAUACCAACAAUCGGCUUCAACGUCGAGACGGUCACAUACAAGAACAUCAACUUUCAGGUCUGGGAUCUGGGCGGACAAUCAAGUAUAAGACCAUACUGGCGGUGCUACUAUGCCAACACCCAAGCAAUCAUCUACGUUAUAGACUCGUCGGACCACGCCCGCCUCCCCACAUCCCGCUCCGAACUCCUCACCAUGUUAUCCGAAGACGAACUCAAGUCGGUCCCCGUGCUCGUGUUUGCAAAUAAGCAGGACGUACCCGGCGCGCUGAAGCCGGGAGAUAUUAGCGAUAAGUUGGGAUUAGCGGGAGGAGAGAAGGGGCGGGAAUGGAGUGUGAGGGGGAGUUGUGCGUUGAAGGGUGAGGGGCUGGAAGAGGGCUUGGAUUGGCUGGUAAACACAAUACAGAAAUAG